AUGUCCCAUCCCCAAAGUUCUCGCUCUACAAGUGGCGAAGUCCCAGUGAUACCCGAACUCGAAAUACAGCCUCCCUCCAGCCCGACAUCAUCGUUGAAUGAGCCGAUUAGUGCAGGAGUUCGUCGACGCAGGGACAGCAGAACUUCGGAUCCCAUCAAGCUCACACCCCAAUGCACGAAACACUUGAAAAUGUAUGCCAAGAAGCUGUGUGAAGACAAUGAUGUUCCAACUGGAGAAGUCAUGUGUUUCAUUGAUUCUGGCGACAUUUUCUAUAUGCUCAUAGACCUGAAGGUUACCCUCAUCAAACUUUGCGAAGGAAACAAGGCCAGCAAAAUGCAAGAGUUGAAGGAUGCCUUGGAAUCGAAGGACUUUGAGAAUGGACUAUUCAACCGAUUGUUUGCAUGCAUGCUGUCGCCGAAUAUCAUGGCAUACGUCACUGAUACUCAGUCUCAUAUAAUGGACUUCAUUACCAGUCAUUGUGAUGUCUUCAAAAUCCCCCUUGGAAUACUCGAGGACGUCGAACUCAGAGCUCAGCUGGGCAAGUCGGUCACAAAGCUACUUACAAGUAUUCGUAGCGCCAUCAAGACUGCUGCAAGUUUCUACUUUUUUGCUGCGACCUUGAUUAUAAUAAUUGCUGUGGCACUCGCACGCAGCGGAUCUGGCAUGGAAGUUGAUUCUACGCAUUGGAACAGGGUCGCUCUACUGUUGGUACGGGGACAGCGACAUCUUCUCCGGAUUUUUCUCAUUGGCAUCAGCGAUUACAAAAGUGCCUCCCUCGAAGAAUUAUUCUCUGCUUACCUUCUUCCGUCACUCAAGCAGGACAUGCGGGCCAAAAUCGGAUGUGAACUUGAUGUCAACAUCGAACAGCUUGAGAGAGAUUUGUUCAACGAUAAUCGCGCGCCUGGGUUCAAUGAUCAAGCCCUCCCAGAAACUCGAGCCAAUGUCAAUUGUGCACCCGGUGUUAGGAAUACGAAUGGUACUAACCUGGAUGGCGAAGAGCUUGGGGACCAAACUCGAGCACAGCUGGAUGGUGGGGAUGCUGACGGAGAGGACGAGGAGUUGAAUGGGCCUGGGAACAACAUUGAGAGUACCACAGUCUUACAGGACGACCCACUCGAUUCUGGAUUCGGACUGGUUGAAGGUAUUCCGGCACAAUACAACAAUACCAUCAGAUUCUGGAACUUUGUCGACCACUCACUCUUAACCAUGCGCCAAACAGUUAAGGAGUCCUUCCCGAUCCCUGCCGAGCAAGAGAAGGAGUUGCAGAAGUUGUUUAUCGAAAUAUUUCAAGCUGAUCUCGCUGAGUUUCCUGGUGGCAAGAAGGUCUCGAAACUAAUUUCAAAGACGAAUCCUCGUUGGCAGACUGCUAUUCAAAACGGACUCAUUUGGGCCACAUAA